UAAAUGCGCGCAUUUCGUUAUGAACGGCAAUAGUGUACAUGUUUUAAGACGCAUUUUACAAAGAAGAGCCUUCUGCCCAGCGUUAUGCCGAACGAAAGUGUCCGAUGCUGCAUCGGAAAGGCCGAAAAUUUCUCGAGUUCGCAAACCCAAAGUCUCCACAGAGAACAGCACCGAUUGUACCGUACCCAAAGAUGUGGCGGAAUAUUUCCAAUCCAAAGAUCGCUCAAUAUUGCAACUGUUUCCUCCGACGAUCCUUCGCAAAACUUCACAGAACGCGGAACGGUUUUACAUUUCCGACCGGUCAACGGCACAACGCAUAGCGGAUAUUGUCACCCACGAUCUACCAAAAGACCGGCUGCUGGUGGAAGUAAACCCGGGCCCCGGAAUGCUAACGGAGCAACUGCUGCAAAGGAAGCUGACAAAUCUGAGACUGUACGAAACGGACGUUUCCUUCGAAAGCCGUUUAAAGUCACAAUUACCGCCCGAUGUGCUGCGGAUAGCGGACUUUAACGGAUUGUGGCGAUUGUCCUACCUGGACGGGUUUGAUAGUGGCCGGCGUGUCGUAAAUCUGCUGCAAGGCAUCCCCAAUAAAAAGUGGGAUGACGACGAUUUAAGCUUUCGCCUUUUCUCGGUGAUUGGUUCUGUGAAAUUUUUACGAUAUCUAAUGAAUUCGAUCACUACCCAGAACGAAUUCUACUCCCUAGGACGAUACGAAAUGAUCCUCGUCAUGUCACCGCUCCUCUUUUCGCACAUAGCAUCGACAAAAAACGCCGGAUAUAAACUGUACCGUGGGAGCACGAUCGUCUUUCAGCUUUAUUUCGAGCAUGAAUUUUUGGGGACGGUUCCUCGCAAACAUUUUCUUCCUUGGAACCACAACAGCAACAGCAGCAAAAAACUACGAACGCUGCAUCAGAAACUGAUCGAGGAUGGAGCCGAGGACUGGUUCUUGGUAAAGAUUACGCCGCGGCGGAAUCUUUACGAACACCUUCUGCCCGAUAAUCUUGCACUAUUUGCGUCGUUCAUGACACAGCAUUACGUAAGCAGACGAAGUCGGGUGAUUCCUACUUUAGAACACUGGAUACCUCAUUGUGGAGCCCGCUUAAUAUUGAAUGGAAACUAUACGCAAAAAAAAGUACCGGUUAACCCACUACCAGGUCAGCUGUUAAAAUCACAACCACUUUCAUCGAAUGACUACGUCGAAAAGAUGACUAUCUAUACGGAAUUCGGUGAGCUCACACCUUCGCAAGUGCUGACGCUCUUCAACGAGUUCAUCAACUGGUCCGACUUCCAUCAGUCACCAUUCUUGCAAGCAGUGGACAGUCCCAAACCGAAGCAAACCAGUUCGCGAAGCGUAUCUACGGAUGAGGAAGACAUUUUGGACGACCCAAUCGAUCCUACGUGUGCCGAGCAGCCUGUUUCGGAUGGUCGUGUGAAAAAAGUAAAAAGUGUAUAAUAGUCCGUUGUGAUGUUAAAUUAAUUUUGUGCCGAUUGUUGCAAGCUUAUAUAAACACAAAGUAGUGAACAACAUCUAUUUCGACUGAUUUUCGACACACAGUCCAUUGUAUGAAGCUUUAGUACCGGAAGUGCAACGUUUCGCCUCCUCGAAUAAAACCAAACCGUUUACGUCAA